AAGCAAGUAAGGCUCCGAGAGUGGUAGGUGGAGCAGCAGAUCCCUCUCAUGAACAGAGGAAUGGAGAUCUUCAGUGUUGUGGGACAAAGAUGUGCUUUGACCUUGCAGAAUUCUGUACCUCCACGACAUUCUGAUGAUGGGCUACACAUCUUCCUUUUGAGAUGCGACCUGGAAGAAAAAGUGCAAUUUGCUUCUUUGCUAGGCUCAGUGGGAGUAAGCUGGAACCCUCAUAUAAGACAGGAUCUAAUGUAUCACAUCUUCUUGCUUCCAAUGAAAACAUGAAGUAGUUUUUAGGAUUGGGUUGUCUAUGAUAAAUACGAUUUUUUUUGAGAGAAAGCAAUACUGACAAGCCAUUAUGCCAGAAAAUCCUGCAGCAGACAAACUACAAGUGCUGCAGAUCCUGGAGCGUCUGCAAAGAAAGCUUCAUGAAAAUGGAGACACUUCGCAGGCUGAGAAACUGACUGUUUUGUACAGUACACUCAGGAGCCCCUUAUUCAAUCAGAUUCUGACUCUUCAACAGUCAAUCAAGCAACUGAAGGAACAACUCAGUUAUAUGCCUCCAGAUCGUUCAGUGGAUUUUGACUUUACCAGGAGAGGUUUGCUGGUGUUUGAUGCUGACCACCGUGCUCCUGAUUUUGGUAAUCUUUAUGUGACUUACAACAAUAAUAAUUUACCAGUAUCGAAGAUACCUCCUCUGAUGCCAAAACUUGCAGUGGAUGAGUUUAAUUUAGCAAUCCAAAGGAUGGCCAAGGGAAAACAAAUAGAAUAUAUAGAUAUUGAAAAGCCAUUUAGUGGAGGUCUUGGAUUUAGUGUGGUUACCCUUAAAAAUCAAAGCACUGGAGAAGUUGGUACCUUUGUCAAGGAAGUUCAACCCGAAAGCAUAGCAGCCAGGGACCAGAGGUUAAAGGAAAAUGACCACAUAUUGGCCAUUAAUCAUACUCUAAUGGAUCAGAACAUAUCCCAUCAACAAGCAGUUGUGAUGCUCCAACAGUCCAUAGGUUCCGUACAUUUGGUUGUGGCUCGAGAGCCAACCCAAAGAAGCAGUAGGACCUCAUCUGCAUUCAGUGACAAUAAUUUGCCUGAAAUUAUCAGCUGGGGUCAUAUUGAAGAUGUUGAACUUGUUAAUGAUGGUUCAGGAUUAGGUUUUGGAAUUGUCGGUGGGAAAUCUAUUGGCGUAGUGGUACGGACUAUUGUACCUGGUGGACUGGCAGAUAAGGAUGGGAGGCUCAGAACCGGCGAUCACAUUUUGGAAAUUGGAGGCACUAAUGUACAAGGAAUGAGCAGUGAGCAGGUUGCUCAAGUGUUGAGGAAUUGUGGGAACUAUGUUAGGAUGGUUGUUGCAAGGGAUCCGGUAUGUGAAAUAACUGUGACGCCACCAACCCCUUUGGCCCAGCCUGUUGGUAUGCUGACUCCUUUUCAAGACAGAAGUUUUGGCACAGAACAUGAAAUACAGGAAGUUCAGCUGAUGAAAAAAGAUGGACAAAGCCUGGGUAUAACAAUUGUUGGUUACACAGGAGUUUCUGACAAAGUGGAAUCUUCUGGGAUUUUUGUCAAAAAUAUAGUACCUGGCAGUGCUGCAGAACACAGUGGUCAAAUAAAAGUUCAUGACAAAAUUAUUGCUGUUGAUGGGAUUAACAUUCAGAAUUAUACUAACCAAGAAGUUGUGGAGGCAUUGCGUAAUACAGGGCUUAGUGUACACCUUACAUUGCUUCGAAAGAAAUGGUGUUAUACUGACUUCCCUUCAGAAAGAGGCUCAAACAGAGUGCAGUCAAACAUGCCAGCCAUAAUCCUGUCUGGAGCUGUGGAAACUGAAAUGAACUUAGUUAAUGAAAGUGAAGAAGCACAAGAGCAAUUGGAUAACUCAGAAAAUGAAAAUCAGCAGAAACUACUUGCAGUGGGUGAAAGCUCAGAAUCAUCAGAAGAUAAAUUGAAAUCUAAGUGGCAAAAAAUGCUGGGACCUGACUUUGAAGUUAUGGUUUCUACUGUGGACAUGCCAAUUGCAGAUGAUACUGAGCUGCAGAAAUAUUCAAAGUUGCUCCCUGUUCACACGUUGAGGCUAGGGGUUGAACUUGAUACAUAUGAAGGACAUCAUUAUAUAUCAUCAUUUGCCACUGAUGGUCCAAUUGCUAAGCUUGGUUUAUUUCAGUUGGAGGAUGAACUUUUAGAGGUAAAUGGUGUUCAACUAUAUGGAAAAUCCCGCCGUGAAGCAGUUUCUUUUCUUAGGGAAGUGCCACCUCCAUUUGCUUUGGUUUGUUGUCGACGCCUGUUUGAUGAUGGCACAGAGUCCUUUGUGGAUGAGCCUGCAACUGUUACUAUUUGCUCACCGGAACCUAAGAUAAUGGAGCCUGAAGAUUUUGGCCCAGAAGAGGAAGAGGAGGAGGAUGCAGAGCUUGCUCAAUGGUCUUCUGAAAUCAAAGUUAUUGAUCUUGUGAAAGACACUAAGACAGGCUUAGGCUUCAGCAUAUUGGACUAUCAGGAUCCCUUAGAUCCAACACAGACAGCCAUUGUGAUCAGCUCACUGGUGCCAAAUGGAGUGGCUGAGUGUGGAGGUGAACUUUUCCCUGGUGAUCGCCUGGUCUUUGUAAAUGAAAAAAGUUUGCACAAUACCAGUCUUCCAGAGGCUGUAGAAGUGUUGAAAUCUGCACCUCCAGGGAAUGUUCGUCUUGGAAUCUGUAAACCUUUGGUGGGAGAAAGUAGACAGAGUGAAGCUUAUUGCAUUAUGGAGCCAAAAAGUAUUGCCAGGAAUUCUGUAUCUCCAGCACAAAUCGAUAAUACUGAAUUAUCAGUACUCCUCAAAGCUUCAAAGAACUCCAGAGAUGUAUCUUUCUCUAAAGAAGAACUCGUUGAUGAACCAGUCCUGGAUUUGGGGAGAGAAUUUCAACUUUCUCAAAAUGAGACAGAUGUUGACAAGGAGGCAUGGGAAAUGCAUGAGUUUUUGAAGGCUUCAGUGAAGGAUCUUGAAGAGCGAGAGAUGCUAGUGGAUGAAGAAUAUUAUCUGGACCAGGAUUAUUACAAUUGUGUGCCAUCAGAUACAAAUGAGCUUGCUGCAACUACUGAGGUGGCCUUUGAUACUACAAGGCAAAGAGCAAUGGAACUAGCAUUUUCUAAGGUUCCAGAAUUGAGUGACAUGAUGGAUAUUAGAGCUGAAAAGCCUGAAGAAAACACAGAUAACAGUUCACUACUCCCUGGAGGCUUAGCAAAAUACAACCAACCAAACAGUAUGCUAAAUGGUCAGGAGACUAAUGCGGAGACACAAAGUGACCAUAAAGAUCUUCUGUGCAUCAACACUGAUCUUGAAGUUGCUGAAAAAAGUACAUCGAAGGCUAAAGACUAUGACUUUUCCAGCAGCCAGGAUUCUACUCUGUCUAGAGGGCUGUCUAGUGAAUUGCCUGAGAGAGAAGAAGGGGAAGGGGAAGAAACUCCAGUAUUCAGCCAUUGGGGACCACCACAGACUGUUGAAAUUUUCCGAGAUCCUUAUGUGCCCCUUGGCAUUAGUAUUGUCGGGGGACAUACCGUUAUAAAGCGCCUGAAGAACGGAGAACAGCUUAAAGGUAUAUUUAUCAAGCAAGUUUUAGAAGACAGCCCAGCAGGAAGAACAAAUUCUCUUAAAACCGGCGAUAAAAUACUUGAAGUGUCUGGAAUAGAUCUACAAAAUGCUACUCAUGAGGAAGCAGUGGAAGCUAUAAAAAAUGCAGGCAACCCCAUUGUGUUUGUUAUUCAGAGUUUGUCUACUCUACCUAGAAUUGUUUCUAUAAUAAACCCCAAGAAAAUUAAAGAUCACAGUGAUCAAGACACAGCUGGAGAAACUGAGCAGAAAAGUGGAGCACCGCCUCCCAUGAAACUGCCACCUCCUUACAAAGAACCAAAAACAUCUAGUUCUGAGGAGACAGAGGAGGAGGAAGAAGAGGACUUUUAUACAGAGGAGAAAAUCAGACAAAGAUAUGCCGAACUGCCAGGGGAGUUGCACAUUAUUGAGCUUGAGAAGGAUAAGAAUGGUCUUGGACUCAGCCUUGCUGGCAACAAGGACAGAUCUCGCAUGAGCAUCUUUGUUGUGGGCAUCAGUCCAGAUAGCCCUGCAGGGAAAGAUGGAAGAAUGUUCAUUGGAGACGAACUGUUAGAGAUAAAUAACCAGAUCUUGUACGGGAGAAGUCACCAAAAUGCUUCAGCAGUAAUUAAGACUGCCCCAUCAAAGGUCAAACUGGUAUUCAUACGCAACGACGAUGCAUUUAACCAGAUGGCUGUUGCUCCUUUCCCAUUACCCUCUAGCUCCCAGUCUUCCAUUGAGGACCACAGUACCAGUGCAAGUGGUGAAGAAGAUGCCAAUUUGGACUUUCUCAUGAAAGGCUCAACAGAUGAAUUGUACACUAAACUAAAUGUUAGUAACAAGGCUGAAAAAGAGAUGAUGGAGAAUCAGCAAGUCCUAUCAGAACAACCAGAAAAUUUCCGUAACCAAUUAAAGCAAUCCAAAUCUUCAGUAGUAAUUCCCAUCAAUUUACAUGAGAUAUCUUUGACACCUGCAUCAUCGUUUUCUCCAGAGACGGAGUUUAGAAGACAAAGCAGCUUUCCACCUCCUGUGGUAGUACUGGAUCCAGCAACGUGCCCAAUAGUUCCUGGUCAAGAAAUGACUAUAGAAAUAUCUAAGGGGCGAUCUGGCCUUGGCCUCAGCAUUGUAGGAGGAAAAGACACACCACUUGAUGCUAUUGUUAUCCAUGAAGUUUAUGAUGAAGGAGCAGCUGCUAGAGAUGGUCGACUUUGGGCUGGUGACCAAAUUCUUGAGGUUAAUGGCAUUGACUUGAGAAAUGCUAGUCAUGAAGAAGCUAUCACAGCCCUGAGGCAGACUCCUCAGAAAGUGCAACUGGUUGUUUACAGAGAUGAAGCUCAUUAUAAAGAUGAAGAGAAUUUAGAGAUUUUCCAUGUAGAGCUACAAAGGAAAAUGGGCAGAGGGUUAGGGCUAAGCAUUGUCGGCAAACGAAAUGGAAGUGGAGUAUUUAUCUCUGAUAUUGUCAAAGGAGGAGCUGCAGACCUUGAUGGAAGACUAAUUCAAGGGGACCAAAUCUUGUCUGUCAGUGGGGAGGAUGUAAGACAUGCUUCACAAGAGGUUGUUGCCACUAUUCUCAAGUGUGCUCAAGGGCUUGUGCGGCUAGAGAUUGGACGACUUAGAGCUGGGUCUUGGCUGUCAUCCCGGAAAACAUGUCAAAGUAGCCAGAUAGGCCAACACACCAUUCAUGGUCACUUUCACCCUACAUUUGCUCCAGUUAUCUCCACCUUACAGAAUUUUGUCAGUGCUAAAAGAUCAUCUGCUGAUUCCUCUCAUAGAAACUCAGUUGGAGCAGAUAUGGGUCUAAGAACUGUGGAGAUUACAAGGGGGCCAAAUGAUGCUCUUGGCAUCAGUAUAGCUGGUGGUAAAGGGAGCCCAUUGGGAAACAUUCCAAUCUUUAUUGCCAUGAUUCAAGCCAGCGGAGUAGCAGCACGUACACACAAGCUCAAGGUUGGAGAUCGGAUUGUCAGUAUUAACGGGCAGCCUUUGGAUGGGCUGUCUCAUGCUGAUGCAGUUAAUCUACUGAAGAAUGCUUUUGGGAGCAUUAUCCUGCAGGUUGUAGCUGACACCAACAUCAGUGCCAUAGCCAGCCAGCUGGAGAGCAUGACCUCUGGCGCUAACCUGGGCCCACCUACCAAACAUCAUCCUGAAGAUCUAGAAGCACCUCAGCCUAAAAUAAUUGUGUUGGAGAAAGGCUCAGAUGGAUUGGGAUUUAGUAUUGUAGGAGGCUACGGAAGCCCCCAUGGAGACCUCCCCAUUUAUGUCAAGACCAUUUUUGCAAAGGGAGCAGCUGCAGAAGAUGGCAGAUUGAAGCGUGGUGACCAAAUUUUAGCUGUUAAUGGAGAAUAUCUGGAAGGCGUGACUCAUGAGCAAGCUGUAGCUAUUCUGAAGCACCAAAAAGGGACUGUAACACUAAUUGUGUUGUCAUGAGCUUUGCUGCAAAUGCAAUCUUAGUUGGAUGCCAUUAUUUUUGAGCAUUGAUAGAGCUGCUAUAAAAUGGUAUACAGUCCUUUCCAAGUAAGAUGAAAACCCAACUCUCGCUAAAAAUAGUGCGCAUCAACCCUGUUGCCUGUGAGGUUCAUUUUGUCUGGUCACUGAAAGUAAUUGUGAAAUCAUUCUCUGCACUAAUGCUUCCUUGAAUGUUCUUCCUCUCUGCAAAGUUGUUUGUGCUUUACUGAUAAUGGUAUAAUCACUGAGGCUAGAAUUUGCACCUGCACAAAAAGGAGUUUAGCUCAUUAUUGGAUCCCAUCCAGUGGUCAGAAAUAAAUACUGAGUGACAUUUUUAUUUCACUCAUGGUUUGCUUAUGCUAAUCGUCUUUUCAACUAUGCCAAAAAAACAUUAAAAUUGAAUUAAAUUACUACCAUUCCAAACAAUGAAAUAUCAAAUUCUCCUUUGAGAAAUUGUUUAUUAAGUUCUAAUGAUGAAAUGCCUACCCGCUUGCCUAAUCUUCCUGGGGUUGCAUGUUGCUGGUAAUUAUGAUGAGUCAGUUUUCAGCCUCUCCACAAUUUGGAUUGGUCAUGUUUCAAGUUCUCUGACUCCCUCAGCUUCUUUUUGUAGAUUGACAUAAGCUUCAUGGAAAACAUGUCUCAGAGAGCUGGACAGGUGAUGGAAGAUAGUUUGUGGAAUCUAAAGCUCAACUCUGUGGAGGUUGCAGAAAGCACCUUAGUUUGGAAUAGGGCUAGUCAUUGUUAUUGAUAAUUAUAAUAAUAGCAACAGUGUAAAGAGAAUUUGGUGGUUCCGGUAACUCAUAGUCAGUUUUGUGGUACAGUAUCUAAUUAAUCAUCAGAGUAACAAUUCAUGUCCAAAGCCUGGAAUGUCUACUUGAUCUACUGUAUGAUUCAGUAGAAUACAGUAACAUUCAUUUUGAUUGUCUUGAAUAAAUGUUACAUGUGAAAUUGGUCAGAGGUGGGGAAGCAGUAAUCAAAGGAAACGUGGUUGUCUUGUCAAGAGUAUUGUCUUUAUUUGUUUUCUGUCCUGUGUUUGGAACUAGCUAAUCACAAAGUGCAUUAAGCUAUUGGGAUACAUUGUAAGUAUUCCAGAAUAGUGCCUGAAAGAAAGCUGAAUUUUAAAGGAUUUUUACUCAGUCUUCAAUGACAUUACUAAUGAUAUUUAUAAGGAAAGCAAAGGAAAAUAUUCCAUGAAGAACUUUUUAAGUCAAAAGGCAUUUUAUUUGUCAAAGUAUGCUGAGGUUAAUACACAUAUGUGUAAUAAGCACAUGUGCUGAAGUUAUUACACAUAUGUGAAACUUAGAGAUGUGGUACUUUAUACAAUUAAGAAUAGUUACCAAAAUUGCUCAUCAUUGUGAUUGUACAUGCUUAGAUUCUAUGACAUUAGUCCCCUUGCAAUACUCUGACCACUGCAGAGGGCUUCCUCUUCUGCUAGCACUCUUGUAUGUAUAACGGCUCUUUGGAAAAACUUUGAUCUUACACAGUGCUAGUGACAGGAAAAGCAGGCACUACAGUGGCUGGAGGAAUGUGCAUAAGGAAUAAUGUCAUGGGAUCCAAACCAUAAUUGAAACUGUUAUAACAAUUAUUCUACAUUUAAUGCAAGCAACUUUCCUUUCACACAUCUGUGAUACAAAUAACGUAGAGCUUGUGUGAUUAUGUAUUUUGCACUUAUCACUCAAAUGAGAGAUCCUAUAGUUGCUUCUUGUCAUUUGCACUCUACAUGUCACAUGUUGUACUGCAGAAGCUGCAUUGAAACCUACCCGUUAACUGGUGACAAUGUCGAGUAAGUUCUAUAUGAAAAUGAUCAAGGGUACAAUCCAGUGAGAAGUCCAGUGUGCAAGUCCCAGUAAAAUGAAUGGAAAUGUCUAAGAGCUUGUUGGGGCUUUCAUGGGCUAACUUCACAGUGGAUUAUGAGCCAACCAUUUAAGCUGCUUAAUGCUUUUCUGAGUACAUGGGUUUCAGGUUUGUUUAAUAAUGCUGCUGAUUUCUGUUAUAUAAGGAAAAUAGCAGUGAAAUGUAUGUUUAUGUAUAUUAGUAAAAUAAGAUGUUUUAUGACUUCCAAAGAUUCAAAAUAAAAUUCACUUCCAUAA